UCAUUUCUGACGUUUAACAUAACCUCAAUUACAAAUUACGGAUUUAAAGGAUAAAAGAUAAUAAGUGAUGAUUCAGGUCUUAUCAGUAUCUGAUUAAGUAAACUCAAAAUACUCAUUAUACUAUUCUAAAUCACCAGUACAAAUCCGUUUUAAAAUUAACCCAACACAAACGAACUAAGUGAUGGAAACCACAACUUUAGAUGAAUUUAAAUCGACUCCGUACACAUCACGAGAUUUUUAUAUCGGUUUGGGUUUAGCUAUUUCCUCGACGAUUUUUAUAGGAACAAGUUUUAUUGUGAAAAAGUUAGCUUUGUUGCGGCUAGCUAAAAAUGGUAUCCUCCGAGCUGGAUCUGGAGGAUUUGGUUAUUUAAAAGAAUGGUUGUGGUGGAUGGGGUUUCUUAUGAUGGGAGUUGGAGAAUUAGCUAAUUUUGCUGCUUACGCUUUCGCACCGGCUUCUUUAGUAACUCCAUUGGGGGCUUUAAGUGUUUUGGUAUCUGCAAUAUUAGCUUCGAAAUAUCUCAAUGAAAAAUUAAACUUUCUUGGAAAAGUUGGAUGUCUUUUAUGUAUCUUAGGAUCAACAGUUGUUGUUUUACACUCACCAAAAGAAGAGGAAGUAGAAUCUCUUGAUAUUUUAUUGAAUAAGUUGCAAGAACCUUUAUUUAUAAUAUAUGUAAAUGUUGUGAUAGUUGCCUCUUUAGCGAUUAGUUUUUAUUUUGGGCCAAAAUAUGGCCAUAAAUACAUUGUAAUUUAUAUAAUUUUAUGUUCUGCUGUUGGUAGCUUAACUGUGAUGUCUUGUAAAGGUUUAGGAUUAGCCUUAAAAGAUACCAUUUCUGGAAAAAGCAAUGAUUUUAAUAAUUGGCUAACCUACGCCUUUUUUAUUAUGGUUUGUCUUUGCAUUUCAAUUCAAAUGAAUUAUUUAAACAAAGCUUUAGAUCUGUUUAACACAAGUAUUGUGACCCCCGUUUAUUACGUCUUUUUUACCACUUUAGUUAUAAUCGCUUCAGCUAUUUUAUUUAAAGAAUGGGUUAAGUUGAGUUUCAAAGAUGUUUUGGGAAACGUUUGCGGAUUCUUUACCAUUGUGAUUGCUAUAUUUUUAUUGCACGCUUUUAAAGAUAUUGAUAUAACUUUAUCAGAUGUAAAAGGCUCAUUAAGACCAAAAUCAAAUUAUUUAUCAAGAAAUAGUAAACAUUAUAAUUAUGAGAGUUUACUGUCUCGUAGUGUUUAAAUUAAUUAAGUAAUUAAUUUGUAAUAUUUA